AUGUUUGUUUUGUCGGAAAUGCGGGAUAUCGUCUCUAUCUUGCCACAUCAGCUAAAGAAUGAUUUAAAGAGUGUGAUAACGCUGAAGCUGAAUAAGCGCUUUGCCAACAAGGUGAUCAUCGAUCUUGGAUUAUGCAUUUGUCUCUUUGAUUUGAUCGAAAUUGGGGACACGUAUCUUUUACCUGGAGAUGGACGCGGGCACAUAAAAGUGAAGUUCCGUUUCAUCGUAUUUCGGCCAUUUGUCGAGGAAAUCAUCGAGGCCAAAGUCAUCGCUUCUUCGAAAUUGGGAUUAACUCUAUCGGUGAACUUCUUUGAAGAUAUCUUUAUACCUGCACACAGUUUGCCAGCCCCUCACGUAUUUGAAGAAAACGAACAGUUAUGGUAUUGGGAAUAUCAACAAGAGGACGAUGAGCCACCGGCAAAACUAUACUUGGAUCCGGGAAAAGUCGUACGAUUUAGAGUGGUGGAGAACAUUUUUAAAGAUAUUAAACCAGACUUGAGCGACGAGGAAGCGAAAAAGCAAAAGUCUUUCGAAAUCAUUGGUUCGAUGUCAGAAACAGGUCUUGGCUGUACAUCGUGGUGGACCCAAGGAGGAGAGGAAGAAGAGGAUGAUCAAAUGGAAGAA